AUGGUGGCGGACUCGAUUGCCCUCGAUGCGAUCAUCAAGGAAGCUGUUGAUCUGGAGAAUGUACCCCUGAAAGAAGUUUUUGACCAUCUGAAAUGCACAAGAGAUGGUUUGAGCUCUGAUGAAGUCCAAGAGCGGUUGGAUUUAUUUGGCUAUAAUAAACUUGAAGAAAAAAAGGAAAGUAAAUUCUUAAAGUUCUUGGGCUUUAUGUGGAAUCCUCUGUCCUGGGUUAUGGAAGCUGCAGCUAUCAUAGCCAUUGCUUUUACACAAGGAGGGGUAAUCAAACCAGCUGAUUAUCAUGAUUUUUUUGGCAUCCUGGUCCUCCUCAUUAUCAAUUCUACCAUCAGUUUUAUAGAGGAAAACAAUGCAGGAAAUGCUGCUGCUGCUCUUAUGGCUCGGUUGGCCCCAAAAGCAAAGGUCCUGCGUGAUGCAAAAUGGGCUGAAGAAGAUGCAGCUGUAUUGGUUCCUGGAGACAUAAUUAGCAUCAAACUUGGUGAUAUCAUUCCUGCUGAUGCACGUCUUCUUGAAGGAGAUCCUUUAAAGAUUGAUCAGUCUGCUCUUACUGGAGAAUCACUUCCAGUGACCAAAAAUCCUGGUGACGGGGUUUACUCAGGAUCAACAUGCAAGCAGGGAGAGAUUGAAGCAGUUGUUAUUGCAACUGGAGUUCACACUUUCUUUGGAAAGGCAGCUCAUCUUGUGGAAAACACAACACAUGUUGGCCAUUUCCAGCAGGUUUUAACAUCAAUUGGAAACUUCUGCAUCUGUUCCAUUGCUGUUGGAAUGGUGAUUGAAAUUGUAGUAAUAUAUGGAAUUCAUGGGAGGGAAUACCGUGUUGGUAUUGAUAACCUACUUGUCCUCCUAAUUGGAGGGAUCCCUAUUGCUAUGCCAACUGUUCUUUCUGUUACAAUGGCCAUUGGUUCACAUCGUUUGUCUCAGCAGGGUGCCAUAACAAAGAGAAUGACUGCCAUUGAAGAAAUGGCUGGAAUGGAUGUACUAUGCAGUGAUAAAACAGGGACACUGACACUUAACAAGCUUACAGUGGACAAAAACAUGGUUGAGGUUUUCGCGAAAGGUGCUGACAAGGAUCAGGUUAUACUUAUGGCUGCAAGAGCAUCGAGAUUAGAGAAUCAAGAUGCUAUUGAUACUGCAAUUGUUUCAAUGUUGGCAGACCCUAAGGAGGCAAGAGCUGGAAUCAGAGAAAUUCACUUCCUUCCAUUCAAUCCUACUGAUAAAAGAACUGCACUUACAUAUAUUGAUGCUGCUGGUAAAAUGCACAGGGUCAGCAAGGGUGCACCAGAGCAGAUUCUUCAUCUGGCACAUAACAAAUCAGAAAUUGAAAAGAAGGUGCAUACAAUGAUUGACAAGUUUGCUGAACGUGGACUACGAUCCCUUGGUGUUGCCCGUCAGGAAGUACCUGCUGGAACCAAAGAUAGUCCUGGUGGCCCCUGGGAAUUUGUUGGCCUUCUCCCUCUCUUUGACCCUCCUCGCCAUGAUAGUGCUGAAACAAUCAGAAGAGCUCUGGAUCUUGGUGUCAGUGUUAAAAUGAUCACUGGGGACCAACUUGCAAUUGGUAAGGAAACAGGAAGGAGGCUUGGGAUGGGCACAAACAUGUAUCCCUCUUCAGCUCUGCUUGGUGAAAGUAAGGAUGGGGAUCUUGCUACCAUCCCCAUUGAUGAACUCAUUGAAAAAGCUGACGGUUUUGCUGGCGUCUUUCCUGAGCAUAAAUAUGAGAUUGUGAAGAGAUUACAAGUAGCAGAUUCCACAGAUGCUGCCCGCAGCGCUUCUGAUAUAGUCUUAACAGAACCUGGAUUGAGUGUAAUCAUUAGUGCUGUGUUAACAAGUCGUGCUAUCUUCCAGAGAAUGAAAAACUAUACGAUAUAUGCUGUGUCGAUCACCAUACGUAUUGUGCUCGGUUUUAUGUUGUUGGCUGUCUUCUGGAAAUUCGACUUUCCUCCUUUUAUGGUUCUUGUCAUUGCUGUUCUUAAUGAUGGGUUGUAUUCUACAGCUGAUAUGGUCAUUGCAAAGUCUAUUGAAAAAUUUGGUGUGAGAGACUUCAAUCAACACCAUUUUAAUAUGACAAAUAAGAAAGUUGCUGCUAAACUAAAUGACCAGAUGUCGUCUGCUCUGUAUCUUCAAAUCAGCACCAUCAGCCAGGCCUUGAUAUUUGUCACUCGCUCCCGGGGUUGGUCUUUCACCGAAAGACCUGGCUUUUGCUUGUUAUUGCCUUCAUCGUUGCUCAACUGGUAA